GCGCCGCGGCCGGGCCGGUGAGGGACACGUGAGGCGGCGGCGCGCUCCGCCGCCGCUGCCCCGGCUGCCGUGCUGCUCGUGUUUUAUCUGGCCGACCGCCAGCCCCCCAUCGCCGCGUUUUCGCUCUGCCUCCUCCUCUCUCGCUUUUUUUUUUUUUUCUUUUUUUCUUUUUUUUCCUUUUUUCCCCCUUCAGCCCCCUCCUGGUUUUUCCACCCACGGGUAAAGGUGGCUUUUCUUUUCCUUCGUUUUUGUUGUUGGUUUUGGGGUUUUUUUCCCUUCUUUAACCCUCAUCCUAGUUUAGUCCGUGGGCAGGACUCGCAUAAUAAUAUUUCCAGUCCCAGGAGCUCGCAUCACAGACACGAACCCAGGACCGCCCCCCCCCUUUUUUUUUCCUUUCCAAUCUCCCAAAUAGUUUUAUUAUUAUUAUUUUUAAAUGAUCGCUCCUUUUGCGCGCUGCUCCCGCUGCUGCCGAAAUCCCCGUCUUCCCAGGGUGCAUGCUUCUGGCAAGAUUGUGCAGUGUUCUCAGUCCAUUUUCAGUGUGUCUUAUCUUAAUUUGUCCUGAUCCGAUCUAAGCGCGAUAGCCACCACUUGCUUUCAAUUUGUAGGACUUUUUUUCCUCUUCUUGGUUUGCUCCCGACUACCCUCGGACUAUUUCCCUUUCUCCUUGCAUUUCCAGGGCUGCAAUUUACUCUGCCUUUCCUUUUUUUUUUUUUUUUUUUUUUUUUACCUCUGCGCUUUUGAAUUGCUUCAUGUUACUAACCAUUCCUAAAUUGUAAGAGAGAUUCAUUCCCCCUCCUCUUCCACCACCACCAACACCACUACCACCAUCACCUCCUCCUCCUCCUCCUCCCCUUCUCUUCUCCUUUUUGGCAGCACCAGGACGUCCGGUGUGGUGGUGGCAGCGAGCAGCAAAAGCAGCAAGAGCUCGUUUUGAUUCCCCCCCUUCAAGGUGCUUUGGAGAGACUGGUUUCAGGCUGAGCAGCAGAAGUCACGAUGAGUGCACAAGGUGAGGGACCCGGUCAGCCUUCCACUGCUGCCCAGGAGCAACCUGCAACCGCAGAGCCUCAGAAGAGAGGACGAGGCAGACCCAGGAAACAACCACAAGAACCAACUGGUGAACCAUCUCCUAAAAGACCAAGAGGAAGACCCAAAGGAAGCAAAAACAAGAGUCCCUCUAAAGCAGCUCAGAAGAAAGCAGAAGCCACUGGUGAAAAGCGACCUAGAGGCCGGCCCAGAAAAUGGCCUCAACAAGUGGUUCAAAAGAAGCCUGCUCAGGAAGAGACUGAAGAAACGUCCUCACAAGAAUCUGCAGAAGAAGACUAGGAGAUCACACCAUGCAAUUUCUACCUCAUCAGCAGUUGGGUCUUUUGAAGGGAGAAGACACUGCCUUGACCACUUACUUUCUAUUGCCAUGGUCUUUCCACUUUUGCCUGGGGGGAAAAAAAAAAUCACGUAACCUUAAAAAGGAUUUGACUAAUCAUCUUCUUUGUAAUCCCUUCACAGUCCCAGGUCUAGUGAAAAACUGCUGUAACACAAAGGGGACACAGAUUAACGAUGCAACUUUUAAUUACUGUUUUCUUAUUUCCUAACCUACUAAUAGUUUGUUUGAGCUGCUAAGUAAGGGUGACUGGGUCAAGAAGAGCUCCAAAUCAGGUUUAUGUCAUUCACUGCACUGCGUAUAAACAAGAAACUUGUAACAUAGUCAUUAUAAUGGGCAUUGAAAUAGGAAAGGCUGGGUGUGUAACACUUAUGCCUUGCAACACUUCCAGCAACCCACUCCCUACUUAGUGAACUCCCUGUUUUAGAACACCAAAGAUAGGGGAUAGAUACUAUUCUUUUUCUUUUGUAACCUUCUUGUAGACUUGUACUUGAUUUUUUUUUUUUUUAAGACUUACUAUUAUUUUGGGAAAAAAAAAAUGAAAGCUGAUCUUUCAUUUCUUUCGUCUGGUAAUCAGAAGAAAGAAAUCAACAUGAAAAAGGUACUUUCAUUUUGCAAAAGGGAAGAAAGACAGAUUAGUUGUAUAGUUUUAGACACAAACAUAUCAGCACAAGCAGUAGUAAACCAAAUGAAUAGUCCUUAUCAUCUGGAUAAUAGGGAGCCAAGGAGUUGGCUUUCUUAGAGCCAGGAGUUCUCUAUGGAAACAAAAAUGACUGACACCACUCUUAUGCCAUUAAUGAGUAAGUCUUUAUUGAUAAGUCUUUUAAAAUAUACAGAAAGGUACCUAGAAAUUAAUCAUAAGUUUAUCUGAACAAAAAUAAUCCAGAUUUUUGCUUAGUUUCUACUAAUUCCACUUGCCCUGUACCAGUAUUUUGAAAGAAUUGAAUCUUUCCUCAUUACUCAUCAGUCACAAUGUAAGAAUGAACACCAUGUACCUCAGCUAAGCUCGUGCAUUAUGUUAAGCAAUGUAUUUUGACAUAGGAUGGUUCACUGAGCACCUCUGUGCCAGUGGCAUUUCUCCAUCUUUUCAUUCAAAGCAGCACUUUUAGCACCAGAUGCAAUAUUACCCCACUAUUCAAUACUACCUCUGAUUUUUACAAAUAACUCAACAGACUGAUAAAUACAUGCUGCUAUACACAUUCAAUGCAGGAAAUUUUUACUGGGUAGAUAAUCAUGAGUAUCUGCAUUUUCCCCCUAUUUCUAUUUCAGCCUUUUUUGCAGUUAAGGAAGCAAUGUCUUUUUUGUGUUUCAGCAUGACUAUGUUUUUCUUUCACUUGGUUUGUUUGAUUUUUUUCUUUUUUUUGUGUGGGUUUUUGGUUUUGGUUUUGUUUCGUUUUAUUUUAUGUACUUACUCUAUUCUCUGCUAGACUUCUGUGUAAUGUACUGUUAACUUGAAUAUAUUUUUGUAUUGAAUUGCUGAUAGGUUUGUGAGGAUAAUUUUCUUCAAGGACACUACAUGACAGAAAAAAUUUAGCUGUAAAGUUUAAAUAUUACUGUCCAAGUUUGUACCUCAAAUGAAUUGUUUAAAGAAAUGGACUAAUUGAUUGACAAAGACCUACCUCCAGACUUUAAAUGGAAUGAACUUGUUACUUUCAGCAUCAGUUUUGAGACGUUUGAAACAGUUAGGACUGCAACUAAUCCCUAAUUCAAAAUUAUUUUUGUAAAAUAACUUGUGGAAAAUAAACACAUUUUAAAUUACUUUCGUAUUAAAAAUAAAAAAAAAUGAACAAAAAAACCUUCAAAGAAACUUGAAGCUUUGUAGGUGAGAAGCAACAAGCUCAGCUUUUGCAUAAUGCAAUCACAAAUAUGUGUUUUUAAAAAAAAUUAGUAGAUUGUAAGAAAAUACUUGACAAGUAUUUUCGUGUAUUUUACACAAAUGUGAUUUUGUAAUAUGUUUCAGCCAGAUUUAUUUUAAAUGCUUCUUAUGUAGAGGUUUUUUAUUCUCCCCUCUCUCACUUUUGUUGUUCAUUCUCUCUCCCCCACCUCUGAUUUCAUUUUCUGUAUUUCUGUUUUAUUUCCCUUCUUCCUCUCUUUCCUAGUCAGUACUUUGUACCAUUGUAUUAGUAACUGGGCCAGGGGUAGUUUCUCAGGAAGGCGUCUGUUGGUAUGGCUUUAGCGUGGAGCCAAGUGCAGUUAAGGAUGAUGGCUUACUGGCUUCUUCCAAGAGGCAGUGUCAAGAAACACGGACCUCCACCAAGGACUGUGCGGGGUUCAGUGGCAGGAAUCGCUGGGAAAGAGCUGAUUGGAAUAUUAGAACUAGACAUGAUAAUAUCAAGUGAAAGAGAAAUAAUCCUAGCUAUAAGUAGCUCUAACAGGCCAAAUCCAGUGUCACUUGAAGGCAGUAAUAGGAAUUUUGCUGACUUCAAAGGGCAUCAAAUCAAGCCUUAGCAAGUCCCUUUUGGGGUCUGAGGGGUUUUGUUGCAUUUUUUAAAGCCAUGGUAUUCAGUGGAUGAUACAGAAAUAAUUGCUCUCUGUGUGUCACUCUUCAACCUCUGAGAGACUUACCACUCUGAUGAACUGAAUCUUACAUUUUCUAUAUAUUGUAGUACAAUCAAAACACAUUACUACCUCUUAGGGCCUACUAUACCUCAUUUUUUCAGACGGAAAAAUUGCAUGUGGCCAUUGAGUCAGUGAGAACAUCAUAAAAUUUUUUUAUAUAUAUAGUUUAUUUUUGUGGGAGAUAAAUUUUAUACGACUGUUCUUUGCUGUCAUUGGUCACUGCUAACUAUGACUGGACAUGUAACUCUUCUACCAUUUCUGCAAGAGAGGUGUGUUUGCAGGAAAAAAAUUGCUUCGAGAUGUUGAACUACAGUUUACUUUUCCUUUUGAGUGUCUUCUAACUUUUUGCUUUGUUCUUCAUGUAGAGUUGCUGUCUAUGAUUGUACUUCAAGUCGCUUGCUUGUUGAAAAUGUUUCUUUAAUGGUUUAUCACAGUCUGUUCAGCACAAUAAACAUAAUAGCCUCUGUGAUCCCCAUGUUGCUUGAUUCCUAGACUUUGUCACAGUUCCAUAAAAUGGGUAAUAAAGUUUGGUCACAAUGACCAAAUUUGUAAAA